AUGGCAGAGCCGAUUUCAGCAGUGACUCUUCGGCCGGAAGAGUUAUUGCUACGCCAUGAACUGUCGGAUCGAUGGCGCUGUAAACUUUUGCGGGAACACGUAGAUCCCACGUUCGAGUUGAGGCAAAUCGAAGCUGGCCAUCAUGCCGAUUCGAUCAACGAACAUCAACAGAAGCACUACCACCAGGCAGCGGAUGCGUAUGUUGCUACGAGCUUGGCUUGUCACGUGGAUUGA